AUGAAAUCCAACCAAGAGCGGAGCAACGAAUGCCUGCCGCCCAAGAAGCGCGAGAUCCCCGCCACCAGCCGGCCUUCGGAGGAGAAGGCGGCCGCCGUCCUGCCCAGCGACAACCACCGGGCGGAGGGCGUGGCAUGGCUCCCGGGCACCCUAGGUGGCCGAGGCCACGGUCACGGGGGCGGGAGGCAUGGCCCGGCGGCGGCGGGGACCUCGGCGGAGCUUGGUUUACAACAGGGAAUAGGUUUACACAAAGCGCUGCCCGCGGGCCUGGACUACUCCCCGCCCAGCGCGCCCAGGUCCGUGCCGGCCGCCACCACGCUGCCCGCGGCGUACCCUCCCCCGCAGUCCGGGACCCCGGUGUCGCCCGUGCAGUACGCGCACCUGCCGCACACGUUCCAGUUCAUCGGGUCCUCCCAGUACGGCGGGCCAUACGCGGGGUUCAUCCCCUCCCAGCUGAUCUCCCCCACGGCCAGCCCCGCCACCAGCGCGGUGGCCUCCUCUGCCACCGGGGGCAUCUCCACUCCAUCCCAGCGCUCCCAGCUGGAGGCCUAUUCCACCCUGCUGGCCAGCAUGGGUGGCCUGAGCCACGCCUCGGGACACAAGGCUGAGCAGCAGCAGCAGCAGCAACAGCACUUGGGCAGGACUCCAGGGCUCAUGGCUCCGGGGUCCCCACCACCCGCCCCACAGAACCAGUAUGUCCACAUCGCCAGCUCCCCGCACAACGCAGCAGGGCGCACGGCCUCCCCGCCGGCCAUCCCCGUCCACCUCCACCCCCACCAGACGAUGAUCCCACACGCCAUCACCCUGGGGCCCUCCCCCCAGGUCCUAGUGCAAUACACCGACUCCUCCGGCAGCCACUUUCUUCCUCGGGAGGCCACCAAGAAAGCCGCCGAGAGCAGCAGGCUGCAGCAGGCCAUGCAGGCCAAGGAGAUCCUCAACGGGGAGCUGGAGAAGGGCCGGCGCUACGGGCCCCCCACCUCGGCCGACCUGGGCCUGGGGAAGGCCGGCAGCAAGUCGGCACCUCACCCCUACGAGUCCAGGCACGUGGUCGUGCACCCCAGCCCCUCCGACUACGGGAGCCGGGACUCCUCGGGGGUCCGGGCCUCCGUGAUGGUCCUGCCCAACAGCAACACCCCCGUCUCCGACCUGGACGUGCAGCAGCAGCAGCAGGUCGCGCACCGCGAGGCCUCCCCCUCCACCCUCAACGACAAAAGCGGCCUGCAUUUAGGGAAGCCAGGGCACCGGUCCUACGCGCUCUCGCCCCAACAGGCCCUGGGCCCCGAAGGCGUAAAGGCCGCUGCCGCCGUGGCCACGCUGUCCCCCCACACGGUCAUUCAGACCACGCACAGCGCCUCGGAGCCGCUCCCGGUGGGGCUGCCGGCCACCGCCUUCUACGCCGGGACCCAGCCGCCCGUCAUCGGCUACCUGAGCGGCCAGCAGCAGGCCAUCACCUACGCCAGCGGCCUGCCCCAGCACCUGGUCAUCCCCGGCACCCAGCCCCUGCUCAUCCCGGUGGGCGGCGCCGACGUGGAGGGCGCGGGAGCCGCCUCUGCAAUAGCCACGUCGUCGCCCCAGUUUGCAGCAGUGCCUCACACGUUCGUCUCCACCGCCCUCCCUAAGAGCGAGAACUUCGGCCCCCCUGAGGCCCUGGUCACCCAGGCCGCCUAUCCGGCCAUGGUGCAGGCCCAGAUCCACCUGCCCGUGGUGCAGUCCCUGGCGUCCCCGGCCGCCGUGCCCCCGGCGCUGCCCCCCUACUUCAUGAAAGGCUCCAUCAUCCAGCUGGCCAACGGGGAGCUGAAGAAGGUGGAGGACCUGAAGACGGAGGACUUCAUCCAGAGCGCGGAGAUCAGCAACGACCUGAAGAUCGACUCCAGCACCGUGGAGAGGAUCGAGGACAGCCACAGCCCGGGCAUCGCAGUGAUCCAGUUCGCCGUCGGGGAGCACCGGGCACAGGUCAGCGUGGAGGUUUUGGUAGAGUACCCUUUUUUUGUGUUUGGACAGGGCUGGUCGUCCUGCUGUCCAGAGCGAACCAGCCAGCUCUUCGACCUGCCGUGUUCCAAGCUCUCCGUGGGGGAUGUCUGCAUCUCGCUGACCCUCAAGAGCCUGAAGAACGGCUCGGUGAAGAAGGGCCAGCCCGUGGACCCCGCCAGCGUCCUGCUGAAGCACGCCAAGGCCGAGGCCCUCGCGGGCGGCAGGCACCGGUACGCGGAGCAGGAGAACGGCCUCCACCAGGGGGGCGCCCCGAUGCUCCCCGAGAACGGCGAACUGAAGUUUCCGGAGAAGAUGGGGUUGCCCGCAGCGCCCUUGCCCCCAAAAAUAGAACCCGGCAAGCCCGCGGCCACCGCGAGGAAGAGGAGGUGGUCGGCGCCGGAGAGCCGCAAACUGGAGAAGUCGGAAGACGAGCCGCCUUUGACUCUGCCCAGGCCCUCUCUAAUUCCUCAGGAGGUUAAGAUCUGCAUCGAGGGCCGGUCCAACGUGGGCAAGUAG